CAGGCAUGUACCUAAGACACUUCUUUCUCCACACACAACCCAAAAUGAAAGUUUUAGCAAUGGAAAGUUUCUUUCCGGGGCUAGUUCUUCUAUGCAUGAUCAUAUGGAGAAUACUGUCAACCAGUCACAAAAGAAACAAAACCUUACCACCACCUGAACCCUCUGGUGCAUGGCCUUUGAUAGGACAUCUGAGGAUUCUCAAUAGUCAAAUUCCAUUUUUCCGAAUUCUUGGAGACCUGGCUGAUAAGCAUGGACCAGUUUUUUCAAUCAGGCUUGGCAUGAGACGGACGCUUGUUACUAGUAGCUGGGAAUCUGUGAAGGAAUGCUUCAAAACCAACGACCGAAAAUUCCUAAAUCGUCCGAGUUUUGCUGCUUCAAAAUACAUGGGUUAUGAUGAUGCCUUCUUCGGAUUCCAUCCGUAUGGAGAAUACUGGCUUGAGAUGCGGAAGAUCGCAACGCAAGAGCUUCUGUCGAACCGCAGGCUUGAGCUGCUCAAGCAUGUGAGAGUUUCGGAAAUAGAAACAUGUAUCAAGGAAUUGCACACGACUUGUAGCAAUGGUUCCGUGUUGGUGGACAUGAGUCAAUGGUUUUCCUGUGUAGUUGCGAAUGUGAUGUUUCGACUAAUUGCGGGGAAGAGAUAUUGUAGUGGUAUUGGCAAAGAUUCAGGAGCAUUUGGAAGAUUAGUCAGAGAGUUCUUUUACUUGGGUGGGGUUUUAGUAAUUUCUGAUUUGAUUCCUUUUACUGAAUGGAUGGAUUUGCAAGGACAUGUGAAAUCUAUGAAGCGUGUCGCCAAGGAGUUGGACCAUGUUGUGAGUGGUUGGCUUGUAGAACAUCUUCAGCGUAGGGAAGAGGGCAGGGUGAGGAAAGAAGAGAAGGACUUCAUGGAUGUCAUGUUAGAAUCUCUUGCAGUAGGUGAUGAUCCCAUCUUCGGAUACAAAAGAGAAACCAUUGUCAAGGCAACUGCGCUGAAUCUUAUAUUAGCAGGCACAGAUACUACUUCUGUCACCUUGACAUGGGCACUGUCUCUUCUACUUAACCAUACUGAAGUGCUAAAAAGAGCACAGAAAGAGAUUGAUGUCCAUGUAGGAACAACAAGAUGGGUAGAAGAAUCAGAUAUCAAGAACUUAGUGUACCUUCAAGCCAUUGUGAAGGAAACCUUGAGACUAUACCCUCCUGGCCCCCUAUUGGUACCACGUGAGUCCUUGGAAGAUUGCUACGUGGAUGGCUAUCUCGUUCCUCGAGGCACUCAAUUACUAGUUAACGCGUGGAAGCUUCAUCGAGAUGCGCGAAUAUGGGAAAAUCCAUAUGAGUUCCAUCCUGAGAGGUUCCUUACGAGCCAUGGAUCAACAGAUGUUAGAGGUCAGCAGUUUGAGUAUGUUCCAUUUGGUUCAGGGAGAAGAUUGUGCCCUGGGAUUUCUUCUAGCUUGCAAAUGCUUCACUUGACGCUUUCCCGGUUGCUUCAAGGCUUCAAUUUCAGCACCCCAAUGAAUGCUCAAGUUGACAUGAGUGAAGGCUUAGGACUCACUUUGCCGAAAGCAACGCCAUUAGAAGUUGUUCUUACGCCGCGCCUUGAGAAUGAGAUCUACCAACAUUAGAGCAUGUUUUUGCUGUCUUUUGUCUAAGAACUAGUGAUCUGAAUAAAAACUAGUGCAUAAGAGAUGUAAAUUAAACUUCUAUAAAAAAUAAAAAAUAGCCCCCGUGCUGAGUACGCAUGGCUUAAGUCCAAAAACCACUUCAUCUAUGACCUCCUUUUCUGAAAGUCUUGCCCAUUUUUAACUUUCAACUAUCUACCAUAGAAGCUACAAGAAAUGUAAUGGCUGAGGAAUUUGUUGACCAUCUUUUAAUUCAUUGCCAAAAGCAGUGUAGUAUCUGGUCAAAAUUAAUUUAUAGGCUGGUGGGGCUCUCUCUUGGUGUUGUCUUGGUAGUCUAUCUGAUUUGUUUCACUAAUGGGAAUUUUUGGUACAUGGAGCAUUUCAAAGAAAAGUCUGGACUAUGAUAUUUUUUGCAAUAUCGUGGUCUGUUUGGCUUAUGCGUAAGAUCUCCUCUUCAACCAUUAAAAAAAAAUGAUGAUUUUGAUUGUAUUUUCUUCUUAAUCCUUACCACGCUUUGUGUGCGGGUUAAAGUAUUAUUCUCAUAUUUUCCUUAUUGUGCAACUGAUCUUUUGUUAUUUGCUGGUGGCUUGAUUAGUGGACAAAUUGUCAGAAAUCUCAGCCUCUUAUUUUAUGGUCGGCUCCUGAGCUUUCUACUGUUAAAUGGAAUGUUGAUGGUUUCUCCUUUGGAGGACUUGGGUCCAGCAGGUAUAGGUGGAGUCUUACGUGAUCACAUGGGAAUGGUUAUGGACGUUUUUCUAUUUCAGCUGGGGUCAAAAACUCCAAUAAAGCAGAGUUGAUAGCGGUGGUAAAGGCAUUAAGAUUAUCAUCUUUGAGAGGUGAUUUGUCCAACAAUAAAAUUAUUAUUGAGUCUGAUUCUUCUAAUGUUGUAAGCUGAAUGAGCAAACCAACUUUUAGGCCUUCAUAUUUCCAUGAGCUGUUCAUCCUUUCUGCUCGCUUCUCUUCGACCUUGGGUGCUGUGUUUUUCUCUCAUGUCCUAGGUGAGGCAAACCACUUUGCGAAUGGUCUUGCUAAGCAAGGAGUCUCUCGAGUUGAAGAAUUUAUUGCAUGGAUAUGAUUGAAAGUAUUCAGAGACUGUCUUAUGGAAGUUUCUAUGGUUCAUAUUCUUGCUAUUCUGUGAUCUGUGCUCUAUAGCUUCAGUUUUCUGUUCUGAAAGUAGCUGGAGAUGAGUAUCAGAGUUUGUGUUGGGGAGAUGAUGCCUGCUGGAGGGGUAACCAUGUUUUCAAUAGCUAUCCUUGGUGGUUCGUGUGGUAUCUAGGGAUUAGGCUAGUCUAGUUUUGUCUUUCGUGGGUGCUAAUUAAAAUUUUGUCUCUGUGGUUCUCCUUCCUUCCUUUUUGUUUUGCCCAUCUCAGGUAUUCUAUGCCUUCUCAGGCCUUUUCACUCAGCUUGUAUGUUAACAUGUGCUUCUUAGCAGGGUUGGUCCACAAUUUAAUACCUUAUGAUCCUUUAGUCAAAGAAUACAUUGUAUAUGUGAAACUCUCUUGUAUGGCUUGAAUCCAAACUGAAAUUCUAUACAUUUAUAAUUGAGAAGGAGAUGGUCAAUUCGGUUGCACGCCAUUGAACACUAGAUUAUUUCUUGCCAGUCCACAAGGUUGCAGAGAAAACUAACUUCCCUGAGUUGUAGCUUAGCCAUUGACGGUAGAAAACUUUGAGAGAUUCUGGUUGAAACUCCGUACCGUUGAAUUACUCUAGACCAAAAAUACCAGGAGCAAUGACAGUGGAGGAGAAGGUGUGAUGUUGAUUCAGUAAAUCUACUGCAGAAAGGACAUCUUGUUGCACCCAUACUGAUGGGAUUUCUUCGGGCUAGAAAUCCCCUUUCACCAAGUUGGGAGCCAUGCUCGUCCAUAUAUUAGCUAGCUCUCUAGUUACUGUCACUCUUGGGAAUAGAAUUCUGUCUAAUAUCAAGCUGUAAUUUCUUACAAUAUAAAUCAAUCUCGUCUUUGCUCGCUUUCCAAA